AUGCCAGGCUUGCCACAUGGCUGGCGCAUGAGGAAUAAGGAUGGUGAGGUUGCGGGACCACCGCCCGAGGCAGACGGCGUCUACGACUCUCAGGAUGAAGACAGCGAGGACGGAUUUGCUGAAGCAUUGGAUGUGCGGCCUGACUCGGAAGGCUGGGAAGAUGCAGAGGAUGACACUGAGGUGCUGAGUAUCAAGUGUCUGCUCUGUGACGAGAAGUUUCCUACUGCUCAGGCCAUGUCGGAGCAUUGCGCCAAGACCCACGAUUUUGACCUGGUCUCUGUUCAGCGGCAACACAAGCUCGACUUCUACACAACCAUCAAAUUUGUCAACUACAUCAGAUCAGAAGUGAAGGCUGGCAAGGAGCGACCCGACGUGAGCGAUGCAGCUUCAUGGAGCGAUGACAAGUUCCUGCAACCGGCGCUUGACGAGGAUGCAUUGCUAUUCAGUCUCGAUGAUAUCCUGGACGCUCCUGUAGAAGCGGAAGACGAUACACAGGCCGGAUCAUCGAAGUGA